AAAGUAGUUUUUAGCACAUUAUUUCCACAAGCAGAGUCCAAUAAAGUCACCUCAGUGUCACACAGUCACCGCCGCAACUUCCUUUCUCGAUUCCCACAACACUUUCCCAAUAUUCCAAACCCACGCGCCUCCCUAUCCACCCUCACGCGCCGCCGCCCCUCUCCCAGAUCCCAAAAGAAGUCACUUUAUGAAUACAGAACCUUCCAGUAGUGCAAACCAUGGGUGGAAUAACAUCGUCAAUAGCUGCUAAGUUCGCCUUUUUCCCGCCAACUCCGCCGUCGUACACGGUGGUCGGCGACGGCGGCCGUCUCUUGAUCCCCGAGGUUCCCCGGAGAGAUGAGGUGGAUGUGUUGAAGCUGAGGACACGGCGUGGGAAUGAUAUUGUGGCUGUGUAUAUUAAGCAUCCUAAAGCUACAGCUACUUUGCUUUAUUCUCAUGGAAAUGCAGCUGAUUUGGGCCAGAUGUUUGAGCUUUUCGUCGAGUUGGGCCUCCGUCUUCGCCUCAAUAUUAUUGGGUAUGAUUACUCUGGAUAUGGACAAUCAACUGGAAAGCCGUCUGAAUGUAAUACCUACGCAGACAUUAAUGCGGUAUAUAAAUGUCUGAAGGAAAAGUAUGAAGUAAGAGAUGAGCAACUUAUUUUAUACGGCCAGUCUGUUGGUAGUGGUCCAACUCUUGACCUGGCAUCACAUACUCCGAACCUGAGAGGUGUAGUACUGCAUAGUCCAAUUUUGUCUGGCUUGAGGGUAUUGUAUCCUGUCAAACGAACAUAUUGGUUUGAUAUUUACAAGAAUAUUGACAAAAUUGGCCUGGUGAACUGUCCAGUCCUUGUUAUACAUGGGACUGCUGAUGAGGUUGUUGAUUGCUCUCAUGGGAAGCAACUUUGGGAGCUUUGUAAGGAGAAGUAUGAGCCAUUAUGGGUAAAUGGUGGUGGGCAUUGCAAUCUCGAGCUCUAUCCUGAGUUCAUUAAACAUCUGAAAAAAUUUGUGAUGAACCUUAACAAAACAAAAGGCCCCGCAAAUGGUUCCAAGAAAACUGCAGCGGACUCUGACAAACCAAGUAAGGCAUCAGAAAGUGGUACAGCAGACACAGUUGAGCUUAAACCAAACCCUCCAGAAGUCUCUAGGAACAGUUUAGAUAGUCGACUUGAGAAAUCCAAGAAAUCAUACAAGCCUGAGAAAUCACGGAUGAGCACCGAUCUUGUUGAUAUGUUUAGGAGAAAAAAGGCCGUGCUCUGGUGAUUCUUAUGUGACGAGUGUGAUAAUUACCACUUUGUAUCAAUGAGUCGCCCUUUAUAUUCAAGUUAAAAGGUUUAGUGUGAUUUACACCAUAUUUCCCUUUAAGUUAAUCUGUAUGUCCUCAGAGAUAUAUCUUUAUAGACCACUGUAUAUAGAGUCAUAGACUGUGUUCCUGUUUCGAUCUUUCUUCCCCAUGUAAAAUGGACUCUCCUCUAGUGUGAAAAAUUUCCGCAGUC